CACAAUGCUGGCGUGUUGGGAGACAAACCCCUCAGACCGACCCACCUUCACCAACCUGGUGGAGACGCUGGGAGACCUGCUACAAGCGAGGGUGCAGCAGCAGGAUGGGAAGGAUUAUAUUCCACUGGGAUCUUUUGUGACUGGAGACACUGGUCGCUGUGAGGCCUUCAAAGAAAACCCUCUUGCGGUCACAAACCUGAGUUACAUGAGGGGUUUGGCCACUCUGGAAACUUUUGAGGAAUUGCCCUGUGAGGAAGCGGACGGUCCUGAUGAUGAGCAGAGUGACAGUGGAAUGGUUCUACCGUCAGAGGAGCUGAAGCACAUGUUGAGGAACAGCAGCAGCAUGAACGAAAAACUUAGCAGGUUCUUCAACUUUAAGUGCCGAGACAACCAGGUGCCCUUCCUGUGCAAUGACAUCUCGGGUCUCCAUGACAACGAGCCCUCCAUCCUGCCGUGUGAUUGGGAGUCUGACGAGGGCGGCUCCCCUCCUCCAGACUACAACUCUGCCUUCCUCUACCCCUCCCUCUAGCAUUUACUUCUAUGUAAUCUGAAAAAAAAAAAAAACUUCAUACAGGGUUUAUAUAUUUUCCUGCUCAUUGUUUUUAGUCACUCAGAGCUUAUCCAGCUUUUACACGUUGCUGUUUGCAUCCUCUACCUCAUUAUCGGAUCUGCAGGUCAAAAAGCCAUUUAUUUGCCUUCCUUCAAUAUGCAAAAAUCACAUGCUGUUUUUACAACAAAGCUUCCUCACAAUUAUCAAGUAUUAUCUCAGAGCUUUCCUCAAGAGCAGCUAAGUAUUACCUGACAGUACUUAUUCCAUGCAGAAUGUAUUCACUGAACUAUUAGAGCUUAUUGUAUUGGUACCUCGUGCUUGGAGCUUUGUGAAGAGGAGCACCGCUGUAGGAAAUAAGCGUUCCUCUGACACAGCUACUAAAUGCUGGAAACAAGUUAUUAUCCACUGAAUUACAGAAUGUAUCUAUCUGUAUUUAUUUUAUUCAUAGUUCCUGUGCCUUAAAUUGGACCUUUUGUGAUUGUAAAUGACAUUUAGUUUCCAGUUUAUGAGUCACAUCGAGCCAUACAUAAUGCAGUAAAAUCUACUUUCAAGAAAGUUUUAAUAUUAAACAAAUCUCAGAAAUGAGAUGAUUCAGUACCUCCC